AUUGAUCCCUCAAUUUUUUCUGAUUUUUUGGGCUAUUAUUUCAUCUUUCUGUCGUACGAGGUUCGAUUCUUGAAUUUUGUGUGUUUUUCGGUUGAAAGAUUUUCAGUGUCACUGUUUAGGUGAUACGUGAAUUGGGUUUGGAUUAGUUUUGACUAAUUUGGUGUAUAGUGGAAUUGAUUGAUGAGGAAUAAGAGAAAAGGAUGUGAGAUUCUGUGCCCUAGGCAGAGAGAGAUGUGGAAUUCGAUUCGUGAUUCGGGAUCUUCGAUGUCGAAUUUGAAAACCCAUUUUUCGUUAGAGGAAUGUUCUAGAAGGUUGAAGAAAAGGUGUAAGGAAGAUGAUGGGUUGUGUUGUGAGGUUACUGUUGGGUCUUGUGGAAGUAGAACUAGGCUUGCUGCAACUGCGCCGCCGAGUGGGAGUUCUUCGAUUAGUUUGUGUGGGAGAGGGCUUAAGAGGAAGAUUGGAUGUAUAGAGGCAGCUACGCAAAUGGGUAGGAAGAAUAAGAUUGAAGAUGAUUAUGUGAUGGGGGGAGCUUUAGGGAAAGGUAAAUUUGGGUCAGUUUUUUUGUGUAGGAGCAAGGUUACUGGUGUUGAAUUUGCUUGUAAGACAUUGCCUAAAGGGGAAGAGACAGUUCACAAGGAAGUAGAGAUAAUGCAACACUUAUCGGGGCACCCGGGUGUGGUGACAUUGCAUUCGGUGUAUGAGGAUGCGGAAAGUUUUCAUUUGGUGAUGGAGUUGUGUUCUGGUGGGAGGUUGAUAGAUGAGAUGACGAAGGAGGGAAGGUAUUCGGAGCAUAAGUCUGCUAAUAUAUUUAAGGAUUUGAUGUUGGUGAUUCAAUAUUGCCAUGAUAUGGGAGUUGUACAUAGGGAUAUUAAGCCUGAGAAUAUCCUUCUAACUGCUUCUGGGAAGAUAAAGCUUGCAGAUUUCGGCUUGGCUAUGAGGAUUGCCAAUGGUCAGAGUUUAAGUGGUUUGGCUGGAAGUCCUGCGUAUGUGGCCCCUGAAGUUCUUACAGGGGAUUAUGGUCAAAAAGCAGAUAUUUGGAGUGCUGGUGUUCUUUUACAUGCUCUACUGGUUGGUGUCCUUCCAUUUCAAGGGGACUCUUUGGACGCUCUUUUUGAGGCAAUUAAAAGCAUGCAACUUGAUUUUCACUCUGAAAAAUGGCAAUCUGUAUCUAAACUUGCACGAGAUCUUCUUGAGCGGAUUCUCACAAGGGAUGUUGCUGCAAGGAUAACUGCUGAAGAAGUUUUAAGCCAUCCAUGGAUGAUGUUCUACACAGAGCGCACUUUGAAGACGGUGUCCGUCAGGUUGAAGCCAAAGCAUUUCUCUGGAACACCAAGCCAAAUACCAGCCAUUACCUCUAGAUUAGAAUCAGAUGGAAAGAAGAGAUGCAGUAAAUCUCUCAAUGGGGAAACCAAAGAUUUAAGGUGUGAAAGUUUGAACAGGGAAUCUGAAGAAUCCGACGACUCUGGUUUAGUUGAUGUGCUUGCAGCAGCGAUAUUGCAUUGCAGGAUAUCUGAACCAAAACGAAGCAGAUUGUGUGUCAACAAUAGUCCAAUAAGGGAACAAUGUUCGUCUAACGUGAAUUCUAACCUUUGCAAGGCUUUCUGAUCCUAUCCAUAAUCCAUGUACAGGUGUCUUGACAUUAUAGUGCUGAUGCCUCCCUUUUCUUAGAGGAGACUGAUUAAUUAUAAGUUACCAGCAUGCAAUUUCCGAUUGUACAAAGAAGCUUGGAUGCAGAUUAACCCGAAUAACACUGGUCUAUUGCCGUUGACGCAUUCAUUUACCUGACAGUGGAUACAUUGGUCUCUGUACAAACAUGUAAAUAGUUGAUGACAGCACAGGAUUGACUC